GAUGUUGCUGAGAGGGAGAAGGAAGAAGAUGAUGUAAUUGAUGAAGAAUCCUAUGAUCCACGAUGCCCUCCUGUCUUGUUUACUGCUGCGCAAAAGAUAAAGUGGAGACGAGAAUGGAGAUCAACCCUAAUAGUGAAAGGCUUGGGUCGUGACGUACCAUACAUCCCUUUGGCAAAGAGACUGAAUUACCUGUUGGCGAGACAUGGUGACAUCCAAAUCUCGGAUUUGCAAAAUGGAUGUUUCUUAGUCAAGUUCAGAGACCAACGAGAUUAUCAGCUAGCGGCGGAAGGAGGUCCAUGGUUGAUGGGGGAUACAUACCUGACUGUUCACUGGUGGUAUAAGGAAUUCAACCUAUGGAAGGCAACUGUGAAAUCCGCAAUCGUGUGGGUUCAACUACCUUAUCUGCCCAUUGAGUUUUUCAAUGCUGAAGCUGUGACGAUGAUUGCGGAACUUAUUGGCACUCCAAUAAGAGUUGAUCGUGCAACAGAGAUAGGGGCAAGAGGAAACUAUGCUCGUGUGAGCGUUGAAGUAGAUCUGACAAAACCUUUGCUCGGGAAAUACAAGGUAGAAGGGAUCACCUAUUUGAUCCAAUAUGAAGGACUGGAUGAUAUAUGUGGAGAGUGUGGACUAUAUGGAAAUCGCAUAGAGAAAUGCCACUGCCGCAUAAUGGAGGAGCAACCGCCAAGCCCCAUCCCGGGGUACGUCCCGGAAACUCAAGGAGAGGACCAAGCGGAGACACGUGUCUAUGGCGACUGGAUGAUUGUCAAAAGAAAACAAAGAAGAUAUGAGCAAAGGGCAAUACCAACGAAUAAGCGAGUGGAUGGCAACACCAUGGGGAGACAUAAAAAUCGCUUCCAUGCCUUUCAAGAGGACGAAGUAAGACAGACGGGCGCAAAGGUUACUGAGAAAAAGAGUAGUGAGACAUAUGCAAGAAAGAAUCAACAAGAGAGAGUGGAGCAAAACGUGCCGCCCUCAGAGGGGAAUAAGCCGAAUGCUGCUAUCCGGAACAAUGUGCCUAAUAAUUCCUCUACUAAACUUGACCCAAAAGUCCAUGUCGGAGGCAGUAACAAAGUGGGUGGGAAGGGAGUACAAGGUAUGCAAGAGAGAGAUGCCCAUGCAGGCCAUGUAGUACACGUACCACUGUGA